AUGUCCAAAAUAUUCAAACGAAAUAGUUAAAUAAAUUAAAAUUUCGGUUUUAAUUUUUAAUAUGCCAAUAACAACUUAAAAAGUAAAGAUAAUUUACCAAAAACGACAAAUCGAAAAAUAACUUCAAAUAGACCUGAUAAAAAUAUUAAAAAUAAUAGUAUUUCUACAAGCAAAUACACAUACUUUAAUUUUUUACCAAAAAAUAUAUAUUUUUAGUUUACGAAAAUUGCAAACUUAUAUUUUUUAAUAAGUGGAUUUCUAUAAAUGGUUCCUUAGAUAUCAACAUCUGAUGGAGUUCCUACAAUAUUUUUGCCUUUAUUUGUGAUAAUAAUAGUUACUGCAUUUAAAGAUUUUUAUGAAGACUAUAAAAGACAUGCAUCAGAUAAUGAAGAAAAUAAUAGGGAAUCACUAAAUUUUGAUAUUAGUUAAAAUUUAUUCCGUAAAUGUUAUUGGAAAAAUUUGUAUAUAGGAAAUAUAGUAAAAAUAUAAGACAAUGAAUUGUUUCCUGCAGAUUUAUUAAUAUUGAGUACAUCAGAACCUAAAGGAAUGUGUUAUAUAGAAACGAAAUCGCUAGACGGAGAAACUAAUUUGAAAUAAAGAAAUGCAUAAAAAACUUUAUAUAAUUAUUAUGGAAAUUAAAUUAAUUAAAUUAACUUAGCAGAAAUAUAAUAAAUAGUAUUUCAAUAUGAAUUGCCAAAUUAAAGUUUAUACAAGUUUUAAGGAACUGUGGAAUUUGCAGAUGGCAAUACAGUAUCUAUUGAUAAUAAUAAUAUUCUUUUAAGAGGCUGUAAAUUAAAAAAUACAUAAUGGGUUUUGGGCUUAGUUGCUUAUACAGGCCAUGAGACAAAAAUUAUGAUGAAUUCUUUUAGUUCUAGAUCAAAGAAAAGCUAAUUGGAAAUUAUGAUGGGGAGAUAAAUUAUUGUUAUUUUUUUAGUUUAAAUUGUUAUAUGCAUUUUCUGUGGAUUGUAUUAUAUGAUUUGGUAUAAUGAAAAUUCUGGUGAUUUGGAUUAUUUGUAUAUUAUUAAAAAUAGUGUUGAAGAAAAUGCUAAUUAUUACAAUUUUUUAGUUCGAUUUGGAAAUUGGAUUCUUCUUUUUAACAAUUUCGUUCCCAUAUCUUUACUUGUGACAUUAGAAUUGGUAAAAUUCGCAUAAGCUUAUAUUAUAGCAAACGAUGAAAAUAUGGCUUUUUAUUAAUAUGAUGAGAAGGGUAAAUUAAAUAGAACACCUACCACAGUUUAAAGUUCAAAUUUAAAUGAAGAAUUAGGUUAAAUAGAGUAUGUUUUUUCAGAUAAAACAGGAACUUUAACAUGUAACAUAAUGGAAUUCAAAAAAAUAUCAAUAAAUGGCGUAUCAUAUGGUGAAGUAAAAUAAGGCGAUGUAAAUUAUAUUUAAAACAUAAGCUAAUUUCCAAAAGUAACGAAUGUAGAUUUCCGUGAUAAAAUUUUUAUUAAUAUACUAAACGAUAAAAAUCAUAAAGACCAUAAAUACAUAAAAAAAACAAUAGAAUUUCUAGCACUGACCCAUACAGUAAUAACAGAAUAAAAAACAGAAAAUGGAUAAUUAUAAUACACAUAUAAUGCAUCAUCUCCUGAUGAACUUGCUCUAGUAAAUUUUGCAAGGUAUUGUGGAGCUGAAUAUCGAGGUCUAGAUCUAGAAAACAAUAUGCUCUAUAAUUAUAAAGGUAUAGAUAAACAAGUAUUAUAGCUUCAUGUCUUUGAAUUUGAUUCAGAUAGAAAACGUUAAUCAAUAGUAAUAAAAGAACUGGAUACAGGUAAAAUAAAGUUAUUUUGUAAAGGUGCAGAUUCAGUAUUAUUUAAAUUAAUGGAUGAGAAAAACUCAAUAGAAGUAGAUAAAACUAAAUAGAAUUUGGAUGAUUAUGGAAAUAUAGGAUUAAGGACACUUCUAUUAUGUGAAAGGGAAAUUUCUUAAUAAGAAUAUGAUGUCUGGCUAAAAAAAUACCAUAAAGCAUGUACUACACUAACAAACAGAGAAUUAGAAAUGUCAAUGGUAUAAGCCGAGUUAGAAUAAAAUUUAAUUUUGGUAGGUGCAACAGCAAUAGAAGAUAAAUUAUAAGAUUAAGUAGGAGAAACAAUAUUUGCUUUAAAAGAGAGUGGUAUUAAAGUCUGGGUAUUAACAGGUGAUAAAGUAGAAACAGCAAUAAAUAUAGGUUUUUCAUGUAAAUUAAUAACAUAAGAUUUGUGCUAAUACAUAGUUAAAUUAAACAAAGAAGUAAAAAAAGGAGAAGAGCAAGAGGCUGAAAAAGAAAUGAAGAAACGAUUAAGUGAUAUUUUAAAGGAAAUAUAAUAAAAAAAUAAUUAAAAAAAUGAAAUAAGUCAAAAUAAUGUAUUUAUAAUAGCAGGAGAUGCUUUAACUUAUUGUUUUUCUCUUGAAGUUAGGGAGUUAUUAAUUUAAAUAACUAAUAAUUGCACUUCUGUCCUUUGUUGUAGAGUCACUCCUACAUAAAAAUAACAAAUCGUCACUAUGGUUAGAAAUAGUAAAGCUGGAGUUUGUACUUUGGCUAUUGGAGAUGGGGCUAAUGAUGUUAAUAUGAUAAAUGCAGCUCAUGUUGGAAUCGGAAUUAAAGGCUUGGAAGGAUAAUAGGUUUUUUUUUUAUUUAAUUUUUUUAUAUUAAAGGUAAAAAAAUAGGCUGCAAGGGCUAGUGAUUAUUCUAUAGGAGAAUUUAAAAUUUUAAGGAAUUUACUUUUUUAUUAUGGAAGGGAAGCUUAUAGAAGAAACACAAGACUUAUUUGUUUUAAUUUCUUUAAAAAUAUUGUGCUUGUUGUACCUUAGUUUUGGUAUUCAUUUAAUAAUUCGUUUUCUGGAUAAAUUCUUUAUGAUAAUUUUGUUUAUUAGCUAUUUAAUGUUUUAUUUGCUUCUUUACCUAUAAUGAUUUAUGCAAUUUUAGAUGAAGAAUAUGAUUAUAAAACUUUAAUUAAAAAUUAAAAAAAUUAUUAUAAAUAAGGAAUUGAUCAUGUUUUAUUUAAUUCUAAAAUUUUUUGGGGAUGGUUUUUUAAUGCUUUACUUCAAUCACUUAUACUAGCUUAUUUUAGUUAUUAUUCACUUGAAAUGAAUUUUGUUGAAAACUCAGGUUAUGUUAUGGAUUUUUGGUAAAGUGGUUAAAUGGUUUUUGGGCUUGCAGUUGUAAAUGCUAAUAUGAAAGUACUCAUUAUAUCUUUUGAACAUAGUAUAGGAAGCAUAUUUAUAAAUUUUUUUUCUAUGAUAUUAUAUUUAUGUACAAUAGUAAUUCUUUCGUUUUAUAUAGAAAGUUCUUCUAUUUAUUACCUAUUUAGAGGGUUAAUUUAAAUAUAUUUUUAUAUAAUAAAUAAAUACUUAUAUUAUUUAAAAUUAUAUAAAAGAUUAUUUAAAACAGCUAAUUUCCAUAUAGGAAAUGCUUUAGCUAUUGCUGCUACUUCUUUAUUCGAUUUAGCAUUAUUAUUAUUCUUAAGUAAUGUUUACUUAUUUUUUAAAUAUUUAAAUAAAAUUUAAAAUAGGAUUUAAGAAAAAUUAGGAAUAAGAUGA